GCGCUGUCCUCCGGCCGCAGGGGGCGCUGUGGCCGCAGCCCUGCGUUGUUUUCAUCCCGCGAGGCCGCUCCGCGGUGUGUUUACGUUUCUCCACCAACAUGGAGGACGAGGUGGAUGUUGACAUCGAGGGAGACGUGUUUGAAAGCCCUGAUAGCGAGCUGGACGGAGCAGCUUUGGCCCAGGAGCAGUUGCUGCAGUCUGCGUGGAGGAGCAGCGCGGGGAUGCUGCCGUGGGAGCUGGACAACUCCAUCAGCCCGGAGAACAGGGAGGCGAUAGAGCGGAUGCUGCUGGAGGAACAGUACUAUCUGACAGGCAAAGGGGUUCCUGAUCAUAUUUGGGGAAGUGAUGUUAACCACAAGGCCAAAGUGAAGAGGUCUCCAGCCAAGAGCUCCGCCUCGGCUUCAUCUUCUCGCUGGUCCAAACAAGAGAAAGCGCUGUUUGAGGAAGGGCUGGCACAGUUCGGUCGAAGGUGGACUAAGAUUGCCAAGUUAGUGGGCAGCCGUACUGUUCUCCAGGUCAAGAGCUAUGCCAGACAGUAUUUCAAACACAAGGGCAAAGCAGAACCCAAAGCUGCAGCUCCCUCUGCAGGUCCUAUGCCAGAACUUCCUCACACCACUUCCAGUCUUGCUCAUGUUGUAGCCAACACCGUUCGUAUAGAGAAGCUUUCUGAUGAUGAGGAUGAAGACGUAGACAUCACAGAUGAACCAGGUGAUGAUGCAAACUCUAAAGACAAACAGCAGAUUGUGGUGAAGACUGAGUUCUGUGAGGCAGAGCAGCAAGCACCCACUGAGGUUUUGAAGGACCGAUUUACAGACGAGCAGAAGGAAGAAGGUCAGGAGGAGACAAAGGACCAACACAGCCACACGUGGUUUCCUAUGGCAGAAAGUCCUCAGUCCUCAUCUUCACACCUGUACUCGGAGGAGUAUGGCGUCAGUCAACUGGAUGAGAAAAGUGACCUGACAGAAUCAUGUAUUCUAAAAAACAUUGAGGCAAUAGCACAGAAAGACUUAAAGCAAAUGAUGGAUAUGACUGAAGGCCAGGGUUCCCACUCUGAAGGUUCAUCCGAGGCUCUUCAACUGGAAGAGUCCUGUCAGGAUGGUGCAGAUUCAGCUGAUGAAACAAAGCAGAGUGUAGCUGAUAAACCAGCAGAAGCCCGGGAGGAGGAGGAUGAGGUUGAGGAUGAAGAAGAGGAGGAACUCAAGAUACCUGAGCAGGAAAUCGAGAUGGACGUGGACACCAUCACUGAGGAGGAGAAACAAGCUAUCCCAGAGUUCUUUGAGGGGCGACCAUCCAAGACCCCCGAGAGAUACCUGAAGAUCAGAAACUACAUCCUGGAUCAGUGGUGGAGGAGCAGGCCAAAGUACCUGAACAAGACAUCGGUUCGCCCGGGCUUGAAGAACUGUGGAGACGUCAACUGCAUUGGCAGAAUACACACCUACCUGGAACUGAUUGGCGCCAUCAACUUCCACUGUGAGCAAGCAGUGUAUAAUCGCCCCAAGGUGGUGGACCGCUCCAAACAUAAGGAGGGCAAGGAUGUGCUCGAGGCUUAUCAGCUCGCCCAGAGACUGCAGAGCAUGCGGACCAGGAAGCGCCGCGUGAGGGACACAUGGGGAAACUGGCGUGACCCCAAAGAUUUAGAGGGCCAGACGUAUGAGCAUUUCACUGCAGAAGAACAAGCUCGGCGGAGAGAAGAGAUGAAGAAACAGUCUAAACUUUGCAGAACGAACAGAUACAGAGGGUCUUUGGAUCCCUUCCAGCUGAUUCCCUGCAGGUCUUUUGGGGAAGAUGUACAGGAGCCAUUCCAGGUUAUCGUUUGCACAGAGACCCUUCUCAUCAUGGACAUGCAUGCCCAUGUGUCACGGUGUGAAGUUAUCGGCUUGCUAGGUGGAAUCUUUAAAAAAGAUGAAAAAGUACUGAAGAUCUGUGCAGCAGAGCCUUGUAACAGUGUAAGUACAGGCUUACAGUGUGAGAUGGACCCAGUGUCUCAGACCCAGGCCUGUGAUGUGCUGUCAUCCCUGGGCUUCAGUGUGGUGGGCUGGUACCACUCACAUCCCUCCUUCCACCCUAAUCCUUCAGUACGGGACAUAAGCACGCAGGACCAGUUUCAGAGUUAUUUCUCCCGUGGUGGUGCCCCCUUCAUUGGGAUGAUCGUAAGUCCAUACGACCCAGCCAACCCCUCCCCUCACUCCCAAACCACCUGCUUGUUGGUGAGAGAGAGCCAGGAGCCUUCAGCCCCUCAGAAGCUGCCUUUCGGAUUUGACUUCCUGUCAUCACAAGACAUUCCAGACUGGGAGCAAACGAUGAGGAGAGCUCACUGGAUCAUCAACAAGUACUCGCAGUCGCCUGGGAGUGUGCAGAUGAACAGGCGCUUUCGUAGAGACUCUCAUCUCACUUGUUUGGAGAAGAUGCUGUCAUCUCUAGCCAGGUACAUGGAGCCCCUGCCAGAUGAGGAGGGAGAACCCUUUCUCACACAGAUUCAGUCACUCUUCCACUCAGACUUCAUUGCCAAGCAGCAUCAGCAGGAGGAGGCAGCAUCUUUUUCUAGACUAGUGGACUCAGAUGACCUUUCGUUUGAUCAGGGACCCCAGAUGGGGGACUGUGAUCAGGAUUGCGGCACAGCAUCAGACAGCAAUGUACAGCCCACCACACAGAGCCCAACCUCAGACACGAACAGCAGCACAGUGUUACAUCUAGGCUCAGUGUUAUCGCCUGAACACGACUAUUUACUGUGAUGGACCAUAUAUUUGUAUUUUUACUGUACCAUGCCACUGUUAUCUAGCUCAGUAGUGUUAUAAACAACUCAAAUGUUACAAGGCCUUGUAUCUGUAUUAAAAACUAUCUCAAUUAAUUUGAAAAAACAUUACAAUCAGAUGGUGAAUCAUAGUUCCAUUUAAAGCCUAGGGAUCAAUUGAUGUGUGGCUGUGUGACUGAGAUAGCGUGUGUGAUAUUGAGCUUGCAUCUAAAUAGGCAAAUAAAAUAUAUUUUUAUA